GGGAUUAGUUUGUGCAUCAAGUUUGGGUGAGCGGCAGCCAGAAGCUGGAAGUGGAGGUUAAUUUUAAUUUUUUUGGUCUGGAAGUUAGGAAAAUAUCGUAAAAAUUACUGUAUUUGAUUCGACUGACAACUAGGCAGAAUGUCGCACAUGUCAUAUAAUGGUGGGGCUGUUAUGGCCAUGCGGGGUAAAGAUUGUGUGGCAAUAGCAGCUGACAGACGGUUUGGAAUUCAGGCACAGUUGGUGACGACUGACUUCCAGAAAAUCUUCCCAAUGGGUGAAAGGUUAUUUAUUGGACUGGCUGGUCUUGGCACAGAUGUACAGACGGUCUCACAGCGACUCAAGUUCAGAUUGAACCUGUAUGAAUUGAAAGAAGGCAGACAGAUCAAACCAAAAACAUUUAUGAGCAUGGUCUCAAAUCUCCUCUAUGAGCGACGAUUUGGCCCAUACUAUGUUGAACCAGUGAUUGCAGGUCUUGAUCCAAAAACCUACCGACCAUUUAUUUGUUCGCUUGACUUAAUUGGCUGUCCAAUGGAGACUGAAGACUUUGUGGUCAGUGGAACGUGCUCAGAACAAAUGUAUGGGAUGUGUGAAUCCCUUUGGGAACCAGACAUGAAACCAGAUGAUCUGUUUGAAACCAUAUCUCAAGCUAUGCUGAAUGCUGUGGAUAGAGAUGCUGUAUCUGGUAUGGGUGUCAUCGUUCACAUUAUCGAAAAAGACAAGAUCACCACCAGAACAUUAAAAGCUCGUAUGGAUUAAAAGCAAAACUUCUGUAACCAACUUUGCAAUACAAUGUUUUUGUUUAAUUGUAGUUUCUCUUCUGACACACCUAAAAUAGCAGGAGAUUGUCAGUCAACCUAAGAAUUUUAAUGGAAUAACUUUUCAUAUUCUGUUCAGCAGUCAUUGAAUAUUCUGUUUAUAUGAUGUGUGUAAUUCAAAAAUAAACUAGUUAUAUAACAGAA